UAAAACUCAAGCCGCACAUGACUGCCAGAUUGGACAGUUGAGUGAAAGUUGUUCAUAUGCCCUUUAAUUCCAGCCAAUCUGCAUUGUAUGCGCCUGGGUUAUGCAACUAUAACAUAUACCAGUUUUAGUCGAGCUUAAUGGUGACGGGUGACCAGGAACUGGGCACAUAACAUAAAGAAUGCAGACUGAUGGAGCUGAAGUAGAUUGCCCGAAGAAGAACGACUUGUUAGAUUCGAGUGAUUCUACGUUUCAUGUUCUCGUGUGUGUUACUGGCAGUGUCGCGGCUUUGAAGUUACCCCUGCUGGUGUGCCAGCUUCUCCAAAUUCCGGGGGUGGAGGUGCGGGCGGUUACCACAGAACAUGCCUCUCAUUUCUUCGACAUUGCUGAGAUACCAGUUCGAGUCUACACUGAUAAAGAUGAGUGGGAGAUGUGGAAGAAGCGCUCGGACCCCGUGCUGCACAUUGAGCUGCGGCGCUGGGCUCACCUGAUGCUGAUCGCCCCUCUGGAUGCCAACACCUUGGGCAAGAUCGCCAGUGGCAUCUGCGACAACCUCCUGACGUGUGUGGUGCGGGCGUGGGACCUGCGACGGCCCCUGCUCUUCUGUCCAGCGAUGAACACGGCCAUGUGGAGCCACCCCAUCACCACGCGCCAGAUCAGCACGCUCACAGAGUUCGGAUACGUGGAGAUCCCCUGCAUCGCCAAAAAGCUGGUGUGCGGAGACGAAGGUAAGGGAGCCAUGGCAGAGGUCAGCACCAUCGUGGAAACUGUCAAGCAAUAUAUUCCCAGCACCAGCCCCAACACAUAGCACCUACUCACACACCGCAUGCAAUGACUUGCUGUGUAUAUUUGCUUUCAAUGACUGCUGACAUUUUCGUGUGUGUGUGUGUGUGUGUGUGUGUGUGUGUGUGUGUGUGUGUGUGUGUGUGUGUGUGUGUGUGUGUGUGUGUGUGUGUGUGUGUGUGUGUGUGUGUGUGUGUGUGUGUGUGUGUGUGUGGUGUUCAACCACAGUGUAAAUGCUAUUUGUUUAACAAAACACUGCCCCAUAUAUAAAUGAGCCUGGCCUCUGUAUGCUUUGACCAUGUAAUUGCAUUGCUCUGGCAGUGUGUGUCGGUGUCAUUGAUGAAGUGUCUUUGAAGAGAAGCUGCUAUUCCAAAUAAAUUCUUGACUGGACUUUUUAAAAA